CAGAUAAGCGGUACUCUUAGGUCUUACGUUAUUAAAGAGGGUUGUCUAACACCGUGCGACAUUGGCCAUUAUUUGUCAUUUUGAAAUAGCCAUUUGAACAUGUUGUUCAGCAUAAUUCGGGUUGCCUAGAAGCAAGGGGGAAUGUUAUAAGCAUGGUUUUAGGGGCCAUACCACCUAGGUUGUGAGCUGAUGAUGAUGGCUUUUCUCGGCGUAAAUAGUCAGGGCAUUUUCUUUGAAGGACAGAAUUUGCUCCAAAAAGCUGAACAGCGUUCAGCUUGCAGUGUUGUCGGAGGAACGGCUCGCAUUUGGUAACGUGCCCCUAUACAGUGCUUCCAGACAAGUCUUCUUCAUCUCGAAUUCCUCAUCGGAUCACGCCGUUUCGUUCAGAUGGAUGUUAGAGGGAACACCAGCAGAUCAGGUGGUUUUUAUAGAGCCUGAUCACGGUUACCUUCACCCUGGACAAUCCACACUUCUGAAGAUCUCGUUCUUCUCCUGUGGUGCACCCUCCAUGUACGACAUGGACAUUCUGUGUGAGAUCGUAGAUGAGACAGAAAUGGCGAUGUUUAACGAGCGACUUAUAAAGUGGACCAACGAGCAGGAGGAACGCCAAUACACAUUCACCAUCACAGAAGCUGACGUGACCAUACCAUGGUCCGGACCACGCCUGAGAUCCCUGGACUCAUCCAACACCCCUCACUCCAAAUCCGAGAGCGAUCUUAGGCGCUACCAAGCCCUCCCCCCAAUAGGCUGUCAGGAGCCCACGAACACCAGUAAACAGAGGAGGAAGUCAGGCACUCCUCCCCAGCCCUCCCCUCCUGAGUCGUUCUGGCUGCAUUUGGGGGUGACCGCGAGGACGCACAUGAUCGCUGAGUUUCACAGAAGUUUCCCGGAAAACACCAACGAAUUCAUUAUUGACCAGCGCUACGUCGUGAAUCACGAGGAGAACAAGGAGACAGGCGACCUGUCUGCUUUCGUCUCGUGCACCAACAGCGAGAUGAACGUCAUCACAGACGUCAUGUCAGUCAUACUCAGGGGUUUGCUGGAGGACAGUAAUUUCCACGGCUCUCUUGGGGAAUUGGAUAACGAGCCGGUCCCAUACUUUAGACAGCUUGGCGAGACCCCUUACAUUUACGACCGCACCCCAUCCAGGGCCUCCUCGUCCUCUAGCAGCCGCAGUGAGCCUGGACAUGAGUACCCAGAUGAGCCUGACCUAGCCGAGUCACGUGCUCAGGAGUCCUCGUACCAAGUCUCCUAUCACGACGACCGCGCAUCCAGCCGGACACACGAGAUCGUGCAGCGUAGCAGUUCCGUCCUGUCAGCGGUUGAUCAUCUAAGAGACGAGUCUCUUGACCCCGAAUGGAAGGCUUCACAGCGCAACAAAGCCAGAAGUUUGCCCGAGUUCACGUCGCUACUUGAGUCAGUCAUUGAGAACUCGCUUCUCAACAUCAUGACGGAAGCCAAUUAUGGCGAGCUGAGCCUGACAGCACGCCCGCGUGUUAUCGCACUUCCGCCCAGCAGACUUGCCAAACGAUGACAAGCGCACAUUAACUGUAAAUAAUAGAAUGUCUGUAGAAAAACGUGAGGUGCGCAGGUUUUUUUUUAUUGAAUUGUAAACUAGUUUGUGUGGUAAAUGCCUGCAAGCAUUGGAUAAUAAAACAUUUAUAUUUUCCUGUCGUAAAA